AAAUAAUGAACCAUUCAAUAGAUUAUUUUAAUAAGUAGUAACAAAAGUUAUAUGAAUACAUGGUUAAUUUAACAUAAAAUGUUACAGGUGUUGAAAAGAUAGUAAGUCUAAUUGAAUAAUUAAAGCUUUCAGAUUUAGUGAGAUGCUUGUAUGCCUUUAGUCAGGAGAUCAAGAUUGUUGGAGAGAAACUUCAUACUCAAAUCAGCAGUGGAGAUGAGCCAGAUAUUUUGGUUUGUUUAUAUUAAUAAGUGAGUAAUUACUUAUUGAGAUUGUCAAGGAAUUGGGAAUUAACAUCUUAAAGGAUAAAGAGUGAAAUCACUGAGCCAUAUACACAAUUUGUAUUGAAUUUUAGAUCGACCAAUCGAAAUUUGAAUGCUGAGUCAAAAAAGCAAGUGAAUGAAAUAUGGGAAACCAGAAAGGAGAUGUGUAAAACCUAAGAUGAAUAUUGGAAGAUAAUGAAAUAAUUCGAAUAAAAGAGUUAAUAAACACAAGAGAUGGUAGAUUUGAUAGAGAAAGGGAGCGCAACAAGAGAUGAUCUUCAAAAAUAGUUCACAAGUUCUUUGAAAUUGUAAGAAUUAGCUGUUGAAUCAGAAAAAGAUUAUAAAAACCUAUUAGCAAUCACUAAUGAGAAGUGGAAAUCAUUUCAUGAAGAAUGGGAUAAGAUCUUUGCAAACGUAGGAUUGAAUGAAUAGAGUAGGUAUACUAAAUGAAAUUUAUAUAAUAUAGAAUAAUGUUUACAAAGCAAACUGUUAGUUCAUUAUUAAAUUUAUUACCCUUAGAUGAAUACUCAAGUUAAAUAGAAGAGAAGAUUACAGAUAUGGAAGUUAAACUUAAAGAGGAUCCAAAAGUGCCUAUUCGUAAAUUAAUCGAAAAAAAGAUGGAAAAUAAAGAUAGUAGACAAUUAUUAAUAUUAUUAGCAUUUAAAUUUUAAUUCGAAGAAUUCAUAAGUUAUGACUAGUGGAAGAAGAUUAGUAUCAAUCAAGAACAAAACAAUACACUCUAAUAGAUUCAUCAUUAAUGGCAAAUAGUAGGAGACAGAAUCUUAGAGGAUGAGAAGAAGAUUGUGGAUAAAUAUCUGGCUACAUUGUUCACAAUUGAUAUCUCUGAUAAAAGCGAAUUACUUAUUAAAGUUAAACAAAUUCUGUAGAAAUAAGCAGGCAGAAACUAUUUCAAUAGUUAAUUAAGUUAUCUUCAUUCUAAAUCAAUUGAAGAGAAAUAAACAUGUACAUAUUGUUAAUAAUAUCUUAGCAUUUUAUUUGGCUUUGUCAAAUGAGUAAUUUUAGGAAUUAAAUUAGUUGAUAAGAUUUUGGUUAAAUUACAUUGAAUUGAAUGAUCUUUAUGAAUCUGAAGACAUCUAUGACUUAUUGCUUAAAUCAAUAAGGAUAGUACGUAAAGAUGGAAGGGAUAGAGUUAACCUUGCAUCACAAUUAUCAGAUAUAACACUCUGGAGGAAGAUAGAAAAAUGGAUAGAACUAUUUUAGUAUAUCAAUGCAAGAAAAGUGGAUGAAAAGCGUAAGUAAGUGGAGUUAUUGAACUAGUAAAACCAAAAUAAUAUAGUAUAGAAAGGAUUCAAAAUGAUAGGCUCUAUUUUUAAGAAUUUGGGGCCGACCUAAUAAUCUCAAAAUGAACUUAAUGAAAGUGAAAUAUCCUAUAUGAUUAUGGAAGAAAUCAAUCUCUUUUUGACUUCUUUAAAAUUACCAUCAGAUUUAUCUACUGAAAUCAUAAUCCAAAUAGCAUUUUAAUAACCAAGUUUUGAUAAAGAACAUAUCAAAAAGUUAUUGGAGAAACAAGAAGAUCUUCAUAAUACACUAUGGAAGAAAAUGUUUAAAUCAGGGAAAAGCAUGUUGACUUAUAAAUCUGAAAAGUAUGAUCGUAGGAAGAUGGACGAGUAUGAAAAUAAAGUUGUUUAAGUUUUUGGUGCAACUAUGAAGUAAUCUAUUCAAAUUAUAUUAGGUAUUUAACACUUGAAGAUAACCCUUGGUAACUACUGUUGAUUAAUAGUUAAUUUAGUCUGCAUUUAAGACAUAAGAUAAAAAAGUUUUAUUUGGCUAAUGGAUAGAUCUUCUCUAGUGAGCAAACUCAUCAAUUAAGAUUAAAGUUAAUUGGAUAGGCACUAAAAUUGAGAUCAAUGAAAAUUGAUUAUGUGGAAAUGAAAACUAAAGUGGGAUUAGAAAUGGAUAUUAAUCAAUUACAUGAAGAAACCAUUAAGUUAGAUGUUCAAAGAAGUCUGCAUCUUCACAAAGAGAAGAUCAAUUCAUCUGUACUCUAAAGCUUAUUGAGAAUAUAUGCAUUCUAUAAUCAGGAGGUUGGAUAUUGUCAAGGCAUGAAUUACAUAGCAGGCUAUAUAUAUUUGACCUUUUAAGAUCAAGUAACAGCUUACAAGGCCUUUGAUAGGAUGAUGAAUCUCUAUUUUAAGGAUCUGUACAUUAAUGAUUUCUCAAAACUGGUAAUGAUUUAUAUUUUAGAUAUAGAAAAUUGGGUUUUAUUAAUUCGAUCGAUUACUAUAGGUCUUUUUGCCUGAGUUGUCAUAACAUUUAAAAGAUUAGAAGAUAGAUCCAUCAUAUUAUGUAGCCUCUUGGUUCAUAACAUUGUAUUCCAAUGUUUUUCAGUUCAGUCAACGAUCGGCACUUUUAAAUAUUAUAUGGGACAUCUUUUUGGCAGAAGAAUGGAAAGGUAUUUAAUUUCUAAUAUUGAACUAAGGGUUUUUCAAAGUUACGUUUUAUUUGCUUUGGUUAUUGCAGUAAGAAAUAUUAGACUUAGAAUUCGAUGACAUACUGCAUUAUUUAGGACAACUAAUAAGAAGUGAAUUCUUUACUAUUGAUAAUGAAAAAGAAUUGAUUAAACUCAUUUAAAAUUAUGAUAAGACUGUCAAAGAGAAUGAAUCAAUUAAGACAACCAUUUUAUAGAAGUUCAGAGUUACUAAUAGAAUGUUAAGAAGCUUGGAUUCAGAAUAUCAUAGUUUUCAAAUGAAAUUGAAUAAAAAGUUGAAUUUAUGUUUGAAGAAAUGAA